UACAGAAAUACAAUAAAUUAUUCUAUUGUUAUCUUGUCUCGAAUAAUUCAAAGUAUGGGAAGCGAAGGAUUAUAAUUUUAUGUUGAUUGAUUCCCGAUAAUCUGGACGGAAUAUAAGUGAUUAUUAGAUAUUUAACAGGUGCAUUUUGAAUAUCCUGAAAAUGGCAGGUGAAGUAAUCGUCGACGCUCUUCCAUACAUCGAUCAAGGAUAUGAUGAGCCGGGCAUUCGCGAAGCUGCAAUUAGUAUGGUAGAAGAUGAAAAACGUCGAUACAGGCCUUCAAAAAAUUACCUUGAACAUUUGCCACCGCUCAACAUUUCAGCAUUUGAGACUGAGAUGAUGCGCACUGAAUUUGAUAGACUACAACAACGUUUACCUAUGGAAACCAUGAGUAUGAAACGUUAUGAGUUACCUCCACCACCAGCUGGUAAACUUACAGAUAUGUCUGCUUGGAAUGAGUGUUUGGAAAACUCAAUGGCUCAACUUGAACACCAAGCUACUAGAAUAACUAAUUUAGAAUUAAUGACUGAUUAUGGUACAGAAGCGUGGAAAUCUUAUUUAGAAAUUCUUGUGAAAUGUGUUGCUGCUGCUCAGACACAAUUGGCUAAAUUAAAAAAACAGAUUCAAGAAGUAAAUUUCCAACGCAAAAACGUACAAAUGCAGGUUGGAGAGAAACUGCGGGAUUUGGAAGCCAAUUGGGUAGGAUUAGUGAGCAAGAAUUAUGAGAUAGAAUUAGCAUGUGCACAUUUGGAAAAACAAUUAAGAGCGUAUGAACAAGCUAAUCCAGAAUGUAUGGACACUAAAUAAAUAUAUUUUUGUAAUUUCUAUGUAGAGCUAUGAAGUCAUAACUAUUUUAUAAGUAUUAAAAACUA